GCAUUAAAUAAAUGUGAAGAGUUAAGAAGGGUGAAAGAGACCACGAGAGAACAACUGACAGUCAGGGUUUUUAUAUAUCAUCGAUGUUGCGCCGACAACGGCGAUCAGUACGACAAGUUGUUGGAUGCGUCCACAGGAAAAGAGAUUUUUGAUAAGAAAUAGAGAAGAAUCGAGAAGGGUGAUAAAAAGAGAUUUCCUUGUCCUUCUCUUUUUUGAUCGUAUCGUGAAAAAUUCGAGUUGCGCCGAACGGCAAACUCGACGAUACAGAUACAUAUCGCGAAGAAAGAGAAAGAGUGCGCGCGCGAGCAAGAGUGAAAGAGAGGGAGGAAGAGAGAGAGAAAGAAAGAGAGAGAGAGAGAGAGAGAAAGAGAGAGAGAGAGAGAGAGAGUGUGAGAAAGAGAGAGAGAGAGAGUUAACGGAGAGAGGACGAAGAGCAUCGGAGGAGAGCGUGCACCGGCUGACGCUCGUGAGCAGCAGUACUUCCUCGAUUCCAUUCGUUAAGACGCGAGACUCAAAGAGACGAUGAGAGCGUGCUGACGACAACGACGACGUCGCGCGUUAAAGAUUCGGAAACUAUGGCGAACAUCGCGGCGCAGCGAAUCAAACGGGAAUUCAAAGAGGUUAUAAAGAGUGAGGAGGUGAGUGGAGGGAUCACCUCACGGAGCAGACAACGUAGAUUCGAUCUCGAAUCAAUGCGCGAAGGAGAAGCGCUUUGCGGUUAUGCGGCUUUUGCGGCUUUUCGUGUGGCAAAGUGUGCAAUUAAAGUCGAGUUGGUAAAUGAUAGCUUCACUGAAUUAAAAGGAGAAAUAGCUGGGCCACCAGAUACACCUUAUGAGGGAGGUAAUUUUGUACUUGAAAUCAAAGUACCUGAGACUUAUCCCUUCAAUCCUCCUAAAGUUCGUUUUAUAACAAAAAUAUGGCAUCCUAACAUAUCUUCGGUCACGGGUGCUAUUUGUCUGGACAUAUUAAAAGAUCAAUGGGCAGCCGCAAUGACUUUACGAACAGUAUUGCUAUCAUUACAAGCAUUGUUAUCUGCAGCAGAACCGGAUGAUCCUCAGGAUGCAGUAGUAGCUAAACAAUAUAAAGAACAGCCUGAUAUGUUUCGUCAAACUGCAAAACAUUGGACAUUUGUAUAUGCGGGUGGACCUGCAAAGAUGCCAGAGCUAGAUGAAAAAAUAAGAAGAUUAACAGACAUGGGGAUUGAAGAACAUAAUGCAAGAGUUGCUCUUUCCUCAUAUAAUUGGGAUUUGGAACGUGCCACUGAGCAGCUCUUCAGUUAGUGAUAACUGUACAGUUAAUUCAUCACACAAAGACCACUCAUUUUGUCAUUUAGGAACUUCUGUAACGACACACUCAACUAAUAAUACCAUAGCAGUUUUAUAAUAAAAUUCAGCUCCUUUAAUGACAAUAUUUCCAGUAUAAGAAAAAAAGAUCAAAAGAAAAAAGAAAAUUCAAUAUAUCUGAUUUUGAUAUCUUUAAUAGUUAUCUGCUUGAUUUAUAAAAUACAGGCUUAAAAAAAAAUCUAAUGAAACGUAUAAAGGUAAAAUUUAUAAUUAGCUGUAUAUUUCAAAGAUAAGAUCUACAAACAAAAAUUUAGUUCUUAAUCUUAAUUCAAAUGAGGUGAUAAAUAUGCUUUACAAGCAUAUUUUUAACUGUUAUGGAAAUUGAGUAGUGUGUUUAUUACGUCUUUUUUUUUUCUUUUUUUUCUUUUUCUUUUUUUUUUUUUUUUUUUUUUUUUUUUUAAUUGUACGAUGUUUCAGAACGAUUAAUGUUUUGAAUGGUUGAGUGUGUAUUUCUUUUAAUUUUAUGUUGUACACAAAACAAACACAAACAUAUACGUCUUCUUUUCUUUAUUCUCCGUUUAUAAAUUUUAUAGAUCAGGAUAUUAAUUAUACUUUGCAUAUAUUUGUUUUUUCUUUAUAAGCAAGUAAACUUAAAGAAAUUUUUCUCGGUACUGUAGUGAAAUCUCUUGUAGAACGGUACCUGAUAUAUAUUGGUUUAUGUUACAGAAGUCAAUAUAUGAUACGAUGCUUCUUAUAUAAGAACAUAUAUCAAGACAGAAAACAUGUUUUUUUGAUCUUCAAUAUUAUUUCCCUACACUUCUUUUCUUAAAACAUAUAGAAGUGUAAUGUGAUUAGAUUCGGAAUGUAUGUUACUGAAAUAGAUGAAGAUUUAAUAAUGUUA